GGGAGGCUCGUCAUUAGUUUUCCGCAGCAAAACUACAAUGUUCUCAACGAAAGUAGCUGUAGUGUGUUUAUUGCACGUGAUCGUGGCAGUGUCCUGCGACGAUCCUGUGAAGCCCGUAUGGCCGGAAAAGUACUACAUCAAUGGUAUGAUCCAUUAUCCGGAUACGGAACUUAAAGAGUUUUUCGACAUGUGGUAUGAUGGUAGCCGAAACGCUUCCCGUAUCGAUUUCUACGGCGGUAGCGUUAAGUACUACCAAUUAGGCGAUGGAAACGGUGUUCAAUACAAAAUCGUUCCUGUAACCACCGAGGAAGUACUCAACGAACGCACCUGUUUCCAAAUCGAUGGUACCGCACAAAAUCCCAUUGGGCCACAAGCCAUGUUCCCUAACAUGGAUGAACUUGAAUACAGAGGUCUCAAAGUUAACCAGAUGGGCAAGCAAGCCGAAUGUUAUGAAACUGAAAAAGAGAUAAUGGGCACUAAUCACAAAUACACUUUAUGGGUCAAUCGAGAUGCCCAGAACAACCCAGUACCUGUCUACUACGAGUUAGCUGGACACAACACUCUAUUUCCAGUACCACCAGAACCAUUAGACGUCAUCGAUAUUGUCUACUUCAAUUACACAGAACUAACAGACAUUCCUGCUGAUAAAUUCGACAUCUCCAAGGAAGGCCUUCAAUGCAAACAUUACCCCGGACCAAGCAGUCACAAAGUACACGCCUUCAAUCCUGUAGCCGAUAUCAUUCACCCUCAGAAAACCGAGCACGUCGAAGCUAGAUUCAAGGAAUUCGUCAACACACACGGCAAACAAUACGAAUCCGACGACGAACACUCCUUCAGAAAAAUGCUGUUCAGACGCAACGUGAGAUACAUCGAAGCUGUCAACAGACAAAACAAAUCUUACACAUUAGGUGUUAACCACUUGGCUGACAGGACAGACGAGGAAAUGCAAGUACUCAGAGGCCGCAUUCCCAGCGAUGAAGUUGAUAACGAAGGUUUACCGUUCCCUUACGAGAAUCCCGAAGACAUCAAAGUCCCGGAUGAGCACGAUUGGAGGCUUUACGGAGCUGUUACCCCAAUGAAAGAUCAAGCUCAUUGUUCCUCGUCUUGGGCUUUCGGAGUCAUCGCCGCUUUGGAAGGAGCUUAUUUCUUGAAAACCGGCGAAUCGAAAAUCCUCUCCGAACAAGCUGUUAUGGAUUGCGCUUGGGGAUUCGGUAACAACGGUUGCCACGGUGGAACUCCCAAGGGAGCUUACCAAUGGAUCAAGAAACACAACGGUGUACCAGCUACUGAUGAAUACGGAAAAUACCUCGGAGAAAACGCCAACUGCAGAGCCGAUUUGAGCAACAACACGAAAUACGCCGCCAUUUCCGGCUGGGUAAAUGUCACUUCGAACAACGAGCAAGCCAUGAAGGUGGCUUUGUUCAAGCACGGGCCCGUCGAGGUCAGCGUUGACGCCAGCCCGAGAUCGUUCUUCUUCUACUCAGGCGGAAUUUACGAGGAAGAGAAUUGCGGUUCCUCUGUGAAAGAUCUGGGCCACUCGCUUACUGCUGUUGGGUACGGUACCUUGAACGGUCAUGAUUACUGGCUGCUGAAGAACACCUGGUACUACUAUUGGGGAGUUAAUGGCUACAUGCUUGUGUCGAGGAAGGGCAACGUUUGUGGUGUUUUGACCGCCCCUACUUACCCAGUAUUGAAGAAAAACAAAUCACGCAAAAUGGCCGAGCCGAUGCGGAGGAGAAACAGCGGAAGAAAUCCAGCGGUUUGA